GUCGCUUUGCGGAAAUUGCUGUUAUUGAAUGACGUUAUAACUAAAAACGACGUCGACAUUAGACAAUAUUUCUAAUUGCGCGUUACAAAUGUACGGAAACCGGUAUUACGCCGUUAUUUCGGGCGUUUGCGCUUCGACCGGCAGCGUUUUCGGAAAGUUAUCCGGACUACCUUCCAUCGAGAGCAACUAUAUUCUACGACUGGCAUUUUUCAUCCUUAUGCUAACAUUCAAUACAUCUUCCAUGACAUUUUUCGUGAAGGCACUGCAAGAAACUUUAUCAUUCAAAGCCACCUUAAUCAGUUCGUCCACCAAUUAUAUUUUUACGGCGUUGGCUGGACUCAUUUUAUUCAAUGAAACUACAUCGCUGCUGUGGUGGUCUGGAAUAACCCUCAUAUUAUCCGGACUGGUACUUAUUGUAUCUGAAAAACCUGCCUUAGAAGAGGCCACAAAAAUUAAUAAGACUUUGUAAAUUUCUUUUCUAGUAUUUAAAAGAUUAUUUUUAUAAAUAAAACUGAACCUACGAACUGAAUUUAGACCCUAAUGUACUAAAGAAACUAUAUUAGAUAGGAAAAAGGGGAUAUUUUAUUCUUUAUGAAUAGUUGAAUAGAGAAAUUGCUUCCUAUGUGAUACUUUCUCUAGUAAUUUUCUGUUUUUGUACAUGGAAAAAUUUUUAAUUGCAAUUCCUGCAUACUAAUAAUGUAAAUAGAUAAU